AAAGCUGCCUAUAAAGCGCCGCUUCUGCCUCCGCCACAUCAGCCGCGCUGCCCGGAAGGAAGGAGCAGCCAUGGCCCCUUCAGCCCCAGACGCCCGGCCCCUCGCUGGCUGCCUGCUGUUGCUUCUGCUUCGCGUGUCCCUCUCCAUCCAAGCUCCAGCAGCAGCAAAGGAGACGCAAAUCACCUCUGACCUCCGUGUCAAGGCCGCCAUCGGGCAGAAGGUCCAGGUCCCCUGCGUGGGCACAACCACCUACCCAGAGAGCGGCAUCAUGUACUGGCUGGCAAACGGCACUUUUGUGGACCAGCUGUACCCGAACGGGACGGUGAAGGAGGAAGCCACCGAAGAGAAAGGCAGCCAGCUGACCCGGAAGCUGACCUUCUCCUCGUUGACGGCGCAGGACCUCUGCACCACCUUCGACUGCUUCAUCACUGACCCCUCCGGCGUAUUUCGGGCGACCAUCCGGUGGAGCCAUUCAAGUACGAAAGGAGCGGAGGUUAAGCUGCUCAGGAUUAGUGCGAGGACCCCCAGGCCUCCCGUGAACCCAACCAAGGAAUUCGGGAGUUAAAGUCAACAAGUCUUAAAAGUCACCAAAUUUGGAGUCUCCGGGCUUAGAAAUAUUGGGGAAUAAUUCUCAUCUUAAAAAAAGAUGAGCAAAAAUUGAUAUUCUGAAGAUUUUAAACGGAGGAUCCUCACGCACAACGCAGAACUCCUUGGCACAAAGCCCCCCCCCAGCCCAUUCCCCCAAACCCCGAUUUAUGCAUUUUUGC